GCUUCAGAAACACUUACCUCCUUGUUGGAUGUUGCAAUGGUGAAACUACCCAUAAGAACAACAAUGGAAUCACUUUGGCAUUUGCAAGUAAUUGCAGGAUCCGUGGAAAUCGAUGGUAAUAUUCAGCGAGACUUCUCUGCACCAACGGGAGAAGAAUAGGUUGGACAAAUCGAUUCUGCCAAAAGUCAUGCAAGUCAAGCACUUUGGUCGCAGUGGAAGAACUAAAUGGACUCACCUUGUUAAUGAGGAUACAACAGAUUGAGUACCCGUAAGCUUUCUUCUUUCAGCGUUUCUUUUGUUACAUUUGGUUAGUCAUUUGAAUAGGAACAUUAGGCUGAGAACUGAACUGAAUCAUGGGAAAUUAGGCCGUAUGGCUAAGAAAAAAACAAUAUUUAGCUAGGGAUGGCAAACUGGGUACUGGACCGCGGGCCUGGCCCAAAAGGGUUUGGUGCGGGGCGGGUAUGGGCCUAGAGAUUCAUGACCCGCAAAAUAGCGGGCCUUGCGGGACUGGGCUUGUUCGGUACCGGGUUUAAAGCGGGAUGGCCCGCAUCAACCGCGGGACGGCCCACAUCACCCGCAUACGCUUCGUCGCUUCCGUUGCUUUCUUCAUCCUCACUUUGAAUCGAUAGAACUUUUUCGAAAUGUUUGGUUUUGAUUGUUGGUAGAUCUAUGCAUUCUGUGAUUUCGAAAUUUUGAUGAGUUCCCCGAGUUCAGCAACAAGGACAAGACCCUUGUCUUCCAAUUCUCUGUCAAGCACGAGCAGAAGCUUGACUGCGGUGGUGGAUACAUGAAGCUUCUCAGUGAUGAUGUUGACGAGAAGAAAUUUGGAGGAGACACUCCUUACAGAUAUCUGUGGCUACAGUACUAAGAAAGUACAUGCUAUCCUUACCCAGAUAUCUGUGACAUUUAAACAUAACGCUUAUCUUAUCAAGAUUUUCUUACUUACGCUUCUUGGGCUUACCUCGCGGAUAGCUGGUUGUAAAGGAAUAGAAUAUAGUUCCCCAACUCUUUCUUCUGCUAUAAGCAACCUCACACCAGCUUUCACCUUCAUGCUUGCCGUCUUCUUCAGGAUGGAACAAGUGAUGUUAAGAAGCUCUGCAACUCAGGCUAAAAUCAAUGGCACGAUAGUAUCUAUAUCUGGUGCUCUUGUUAUUGUUCUUUAUAAAGGCCCAAAGCUUCUUGUUGCUGCAUCUUUUACUUCAUGUGAGCCAAGUUGGAUCAUUGGAGGCCUUUUGCUAGCUUUACAGUUUUUGCUACUUUCAGUCUGGUAUAUUCUUCAGACUCAGAUCAUGGAGAUAUACCCUGAAGAAAUAAGCGUAGUCCUCUUCUACAACAUGUGUGCAACGCUAAUCUCAGCGCUAGUAUGUCUAUUUGUAGAAAGAGAGUUAAAUUCUUGGAAGUUUUAACCGGGAGUGUCCGCAACAAGACUAAGCUAUAUGUAGUUACAGCCUUGCCAACUAAUCUAUAUAUGCAUAUAACAAUGAUGCAUAUCAGCUGAAAGACUAAUCUCCAUAGCUAUACGUACACGUAUUGUUUCUUCAUGGUAUUGUGCUUGAUAAUUAAAUUGUGCUAGACACGUAUACGUACACGCAUUGUGCUUGAUAAUUAAAUUGCCAAAUACUUGUGUUGUGUCUU